CUUUGUUACCCAUCCAUUAGUGGUGAAAAAUUAUGACCCACCCUUUCAGAAAAACGUUCACCGGCCGUCUCAGGGGUCAAGAAUAUAGGAAAGCGGUCAAUACCAGCCAAUACCAGCCUUAUCAGAGAGAUAACACCCAAGACAUCGAGCGCGCAAACACAGUAAUGAUUCUAACAAAUUAUUUCGAGCCUCAAUUUGGACUAUUUAGCCGGAAAAUAAGUGUUUAUAUUAACUAUGUAUAGUUACGAGCUUUUCAAGCGGCGAAGCAAAUUUUAUCAAUACACCAGAGAUGGCAGAUUCAUCAAAAUGGUUCUCGAGGACUUUAUUUGCAAAUUACACGAAGUACAAAGUUUGGAGCUCUUGAACACUCCCACUCACUUUCCUUUCAGAAUUUCAAUAUCAUGUGAGAUGUUGCUUUUGGUAAACAAUUUUUGAAAUAUUUCUAAUUCCUAUCUCGUUUUACUGCAGUUUAUGUUGAUAAGGUUUUAAACUUGUUACACUACAGUUGGAAAUUUGCAAAACCUUCGUUUGUAUGGGCUCAUCUUGCCCAGUGAAGAUAUACUUUACUUCGAAAUUAAAAAAUUGUUUUGUUAAUAUUUCACCUUUAUUGGCCAAAGACUGGAGUAAUAUUUGGAAGAAUGACAAUGGAGUAAAGGCAAUUCACCUUGAUUUCCGAAAUAGGCCACUGUAUAUUUCCUGGGGAGGUCACAUAUAUCAAGCACCCAAUGAUUCCAGGGGAAUUGAGAUCAGCAGAAAGUUUGGAGAACUGUUAGGUCUUGUAGAGGGUCAAGAGGUUGUUGCUACAGCAAUAGUUAGUGUAAAGUCAUGUGAGCAGAUCUCAUUUUUUCCAACAAGUAAAAGUGACUGGGAAAUUACGGAAACCAAUGCCAGCUUUAUUGAGGGGAAUCUUAUAAAUCAAUUACGGAUUGUUUGGGAAGGAUUGAAGAUACCAAUAUGGUUUCAAAAAAAUAACUGUGUUGUUGUGACUAUAGGGGAAAUUCGUCCUGGACCGAGCUCGUGUUCACAAAUUGUAGAAUUCACAAAAGUACAGUUGAUUGGUUGGAAAGAAGUUGAGACAGAAGAGAGAGGCUUUGAUAUUCCAAUACCACCAGGCUUAGUAACUUCACCUGGAUCAACAGAUAGCGAGAGAAGUGGAGAGUCUAGUCCCAAAAGUAGUAGUAACUCAUCUAGUUUGAAAAGCAGUUGGGAUACGGAUACCAAUACUAUCGAAUCGUCCAGUUUGGACAACAGUGCAAAUAUCGGUGUCAGUUCGAAUGCUACGGCUGAGUUAUCAAGUGGUAAUGAUGUUCAUUCAAAUAUCUCAGAAGCAUCUAGUUUGAAUAGCAGUUCAAGCAGCGGUAUUGGUACUCUCAGUGCUACUGAGUCGCCAAGUGUAACUGGUAGAAUUAAAGAUUCGAAGACUAUUAAAUCAUCGGGUCUCAAAAGUACCAGUGCAGGUGACCUACAUACGAAAUCCACAAACACGUUUGCUGCUUUGCAGUUGGGAAGAUCAUUGCAUCAAGCUGGGGAUAAAUAUGAACAAACGUAUACCCCAAGUUAUCCACUAAGUUUAAGAACUCAUCCAUUGACUGGAGUGGUCAAUAUGUUUAGCAUGCUCUUAGGUCCAUCUUCUGCUGAUGGUGAAAAUGGCGAUAAAUUUCGUACUUAUCCCCCCGCUACAAAAGGAAUGCAAGCCAUAGACUAUUCGAUACGUACGUCGAAAAAACAUUCAAUUACUUCAUUGCCUGUUGUAACAAUAGUUUCAAAGUACUAUCGGGUUCAAAAUCUUUCUGUAUGUGAUGACGUGAUAGCUGAGUGUACUGGGGUACAGUCUCUACCAUGCAAUCUUUUACAACAACCUUCAACAGUAUUUGUAUAUAAUCCUGAUGUGGCGUGUCUGGCGAACCGUAUGUCAAAUGACAAGCGCAAGAAACAUGGGGGUAGUCAUGUUGGUGAUAAAUAUGUUAUUAUGAUGGUUUCCAUGCAUAGAAUGUUUUCUACGAAAGAAAAGUCAGAGACUAGUCCGACAAAGUCAGGACAAAGUACAGAUAAUACGCCUAGUGAAGAUUUUAAAGAUUCUGAUCCAGUAAAGUUAUUUGAUCGUAAAAGAUUGGAACUAAAAAUCAACAGCAGACAGCGUAAUGUAUCGUCAGGUGAACGAUUAAGCCUAUCAUCCUCGCCAGCAACAAUUGUUAGACUUGUAGUUACUAGCCAAAGAAACUUUUGUUCGAACGAGCAAUGUUCAUUUCUUAGUGAGGAUUUGUUAUCUGGGCAUGUUGCUGUUAAAAGCCUUAUACGCCGUCAAUUGAAACUUGGUGUUAAAUCGACUGUUCAAAUUAAUAGAAUAAAUCAUAAACCUUCAACCUUGCUGGGACUUGUUUUAAAUCCCUUUGGACCUUCUGCGAGAAAGAUUAAAUCAUUUAAUAAUGAUGAUAUCGUCACUGCUUUUAAUUCCUGGAUCAUAGAAACUACCACACAAUAUCCACUUAUUUUAUCAUCCCGGAUGUUAGUUGAAUUUAAUAUAACACCAGAGAUCAAAUGUGAAUUUUUGUUGUCAGGCAUUGGAAGCGAUAGUCCACCAUCAAGUACUGCAGGAACUAAAAUACAAUAUUUUGAAAUUAGUGAACGAACAUUAUCUAAAGCAUCCGUGACUGUUGGGGACGUUUUCCAGCCAUCUCGUUACCUCUUGCUAUCACCUUAUCCUGUUGGAAAUACAACAAGAUUGGAUGAGGAUUUUAACAAAUCCCCUAUCUCUUCCUUAGGAGGUUUUGACACGCUGUAUGAGACAUGUGUGGAUUUCCUUCUUCAUGGUCUGGCUUACCAACCUAUAUCUCAACAGCUGUGUUGUUCUACACUGAACAGUAAUACAUUGUUGUUGUAUGGUAGCGGAUCAACCGCUGGAGGUUCUGGAAAGACAUCGUUGGCUCAUGCGUUAUGUAAUACCCUUGGAAAGCAUCCAGUACUUGCCCAUGUCUCUGUCAUUGAGUGCGUUUCAUUGAGAGGUAAACGUGUUGAGACAAUCAGGAAAUCUUGGCAGAACACAUUUAAUAACGCAGCAUGGCAUCAACCUGCCGUUAUUGUGUUUGAUGAUCUUGAUCAACUUAUCUCAGCACCUUCAUUACUCCAGGAGAAUGGUCCUGAGGCCCAUUAUAGCCUCCGCUUAGCGCAAGUGUUUACGACUUUGUUGAGGAAAGAAAUCACCUACAAUACUAAAAUUGUCGUCAUAGCAACGGCAACAUCACGUGAUUCUGUACAUCCAACGUUACUUUCUAGUCAUGGUAACCACGUCUUCAGUAAAUCUGUUGAAAUACCUUUACCUGGUCUUGAUCAACGCGGAAAUAUGGUCCAUGCAAUAUUAAAAAAGAAGGACUUGUCUUUAUCGGAUGAGGAUCUUAGGGAAAUUGCUGUGAGAACUGAAGGUUGUUCACCAAAAGAUUUAAAUACUUUGGUAGCACGAGCUCUACAAUCCAGUGCGUUGAGACGAAGUUAUAAUAACCAAGAAGAACGACCAGAGAUGUGCUUGGCAGAUUUCAACAAUGCUCUGAAAUGCUUUAAGCCUCUUAGUUUACAUGGUAUCAAACUCCAUCAGGGCAGCGACUUGACGUGGCUGGAUGUUGGUGGCUUAGAUGAUAUUAAACAAACUCUUCAGGAAACAUUGGAAUGGCCCGCUAAGUACCCAGAACUUUACAAUAGUGUACCAAUGAGGCUGCCUUCUGGUAUUUUACUCUAUGGGCCACCCGGCUGUGGAAAAACGAUGUUAGCUGGUGUUGUGGCGAAAGAAUGCUCUCUGAAUUUUAUCAGUAUUAAAGGACCAGAGUUACUGAAUAAGUAUAUAGGAGCAAGUGAACAAGCCGUUCGAGAUCUCUUUCACAGGGCUCAAAGCGCAAAACCGUGUAUUUUAUUCUUUGAUGAAUUCGAUUCAAUGGCACCAAGACGAGGUCAUGACAGUACUGGUGUUACCGAUAGAGUGGUGAAUCAAUUGUUAACACAACUUGAUGGUGUUGAAGGCUUAGAAGGUGUUUAUAUACUAGGAGCAUCCAGUAGACCUGAUCUUAUUGAUCCAGCAUUGUUACGACCUGGACGUUUGGAUAAAUCUUUGUAUUGUGGCAUGCCAGACGAGAAUGCCAGACUAGAGAUCCUGCGAGCGCUCUCCUCGAAACUGGAACUCGAUUUUGACGUUGAUCUUAAAGAAAUAGCGAGACGAACUGAGAAUUUCAGUGGCGCAGAUCUUAAAGCACUGCUAUCCAACGCUCAGCUGGAAAGGAUACAUAAAAUGAAGACAAGUAUAUCAGAUAAACCAGUGAAAGUUGAGGUCAGAUCGAAUAUCGUGUCUGUUCCUCAGUUGAAACGAGGAGUACAACAACGUAUUGCUGAUGAAAACACUGAUUUAGAAAAACAGGUUGCAGUACUGCAAGACAAUUUUUUCAAAAAUGUUUAUGGAAAGGCCAGUCAUUCUCCUAAACCAGUAACCAGUGAAAGUGUCAGAAUCAGAAAUGUUGACAUGACAAUUGCAUUGUUAAAUAUGGCUCCUUCAGUUACACCUGAAGAAAGAAUUAAGUACGCUUCAAUCUAUCAAUCAUUCAAAAACUCGAAGAAACCAUCAACACAGAGAAAACCUGAAGUGAUAACGCAACGAGCAACGCUAGCCUGACAGUCCUACACACUAUAGCAGCUUUUUAUAGUCAAGAACUAGUAAAAUAUAGGCUGAUAUGAGUACUCAAAAUA